CUGCUACUCUUUUAUCUCUUCUUCCCCCUACUGGAUAACAUCAUAACGCUGCUUCAUGAUUCUUGUGGGGACUUAGCCAGAUUGGCUAACUGCCAUUAAAAGACCCCACCACCCCACAUGCACUUCCCCCCUCCUCCUAUCUGCCUUUUAACUCACCCAUCUCUUUUCUAGCUGUUCUUUUAUUUAUAACCCCCAUGGCUCGGGAGAGACUAAACAUUUCCUUUCUUGGUUACUUGCCAAAAACCCCACUCUCAUAAGACUCUCUAGCUUUCGAGGACAGACAUGGAAGUGGCUGUUGAGCUUGAAGAUGAUCUGUUUUUUGCAGACUUGAGCAAGCAAAUCUCUUUGCUAAUCAUGGAUGAUGAAGACCCAGUUUCAACAUGUCCUUCAGUUUCCUUCCAGACAUUUUCUGCAGCAAAUUAUCCAAUAACACAAUCUCCAUAUCUCCAAGAACAAAUCUGCAGAAGAGAAAGCAAAGGCACUGGAGUUUUUAUCCCAAAGGCAUCACAUCCUAGAAGGAAGCAUAGGCAAGGCAGAUAUAGUUCAUUCAACAGGAAGUCUAACAGGCACCAUGAUAACACUACAAAAAUGGCUUCUCAGCCAUCUUAUGAUAAUUCUUUUUACCCAAGGAAAGGCUAAGGAUUCACAUCUUCAUCAAGUGUAUGACUUAAUAAAAGGAAAAUCACUACUAAACCCCUUGUCAACAGCUGCUCAAGGCAAGACAAGGCAAGGCAGGUUUAAGGAUCUUAUAAUUACAUAUAUAUAUAUGUACAUGUAUAUAUAUAGAUUCAUCAUGAAUUAUGUAUACGUGCAAGAAAAAUAAUUGAUUCUGCUCCUAAUAAGUGAGUCUUGAAGAGGUUCACCAAAGGGUCUGCCUCCCAAAAUCAUGGAUAUGUAUGGUGAUUUUUAUGUAAGUGUGAUAUAGGGGAAAAGUAUGUAUUUGUUUCUCAAUGUAAUUGAUUAUAUAUAUUAAUUUAUUGAUGUUAGAGUUUUUAUUUAAUAAUAUUUUUUUUCCUUUA